AUGGCGGACCCCUUUUCUCCCUUCAAGGUCGAUCUGCCCUUGGAAUCCCAGCGAGGGUUCAAUACUCGUCAGGUUCAUUCCGGGGCGAUACCCGACCCAGCAACCAAGGCCCGAGCGGUUCCCAUAUACUCCACGGCUCCCACGGUCGAGGUACUCGAAAAGAGGGUAGCUGCCCUCGAAGGAGGCACUGCUGCCGUGGCCUGCGCCUCGGGACAAUCGGGCGUCUUCCAGACAGUGCUGUGCCUCGCUCACGCAGGGGACAAUAUCAUCAGCUCAAUCAACCUCUAUGGGGGUACUUAUAGUCUGUUCAAAUGCAUUCUUCCACGGCUUGGGAUCUCGGUGAAAUGGGUGCAAGACAGCGAUCCAGAGAGCUACCGCAAGCUGAUCGACGAUCACACGAAACUGGUCUUUGUUGAAACGGUAGGGAACCCGCGGAUCAGUAUACCGGAUCUCAGAGCAAUUGCAGACAUUGCACACGAGAACAAAGUGCCCUUUGCAGUAGACAACACCUUUGGCGCUGGUGGUUUCUGGUGUCCAGCAAUUGAACACGGCGCAGACAUCGUCAUACAUUCGGCCACCAAGUGGCUCGGUGGACAUGGAACCACGGUGGGUGGAAUCAUUGUCGAUUCCGGACGCUUCAAUUGGAAGGAAUCCGACAGGUUCCCGCACCUGACAAAGCCGAGCGAGGGGCCCAUGGCGUUUUCGUAUGUCAGUGCAUUUGGUAAUGUCGCAUUUGCAUUGGCUCUGCGCAUUGAAGUCGUGAUGGAGGUUGGCGCCGUGAUGAAUCCCUUUGCAGCGCAUCAGAUUCUCGUCGGGAUCGAGACGUUGAGUCUACGAUGUGAACGAAUCGCGUCUAAUUCCAUGCGGAUCGCUGAGUUCUUAAGCGAACAUCCAUUGACUGGGUGGAUUAGCUACCCCGGUAUGUUGAUUCUACAUUAUUCUGUCGGAGAUUGCAAGACCAUGGCAACCCAUCCGUGGGGCUCCACCCAUUCCAUUAUGACCGAAGAAGAUCGUAUCCGUGCUGGAAUUACCGAAGAUCUGAUCCGGCUAUCAGUAGGUACAGAAGAUGUCGAAGAUAUCAUCGCUGAUUUAACCCGCGCAUUUGAUGCCAUAGCGUUGGUUCAUGACAGUGUACCAACUACGGUAGAUGGGUUAACUCCACAAACGUGUGAUAUCAAAUCCGAUGUCGCGGUAAAGGAGGUUGAAUCCUCGGUGGCAAAGAUGCUUUGA